AUGCAGGGCCAGGGGGAGGCCCAAGAGGCCCAUGAACUGUCUGCACUGCUCUCACCAUCACAUGCCCCAGAAACAGUGACAAGCUUGAAGAUUGUGGAUAUCGUUCUUCCUAAAGUCAAACUGCAGAUGCUGAAAGGCUUUGGGCUUGGACUGAACAUCUAUGCCAAAGUGGCACUCCACGGCAAUUCGGUUUUGGGUGGACUCUUGAACCUGGUAGUGGAAGUGAACAUCACAGCCAAGGCCCGACUGGUGCAAAAUGAGUUCGGAGCGCCCGUGCUUGUUGUUGAGAACUGCAAGACCAACCUGGGUGGCAUUCAGAUCCUCUCUGGCUUCCUCCCACUGAAUCUGGACAGAGUCCUCACCAAUCUCCUGAACGAUGUCAUCCCUGGAGUGCUGUGUCCAGUUGUAGACCUUGUGCUGAAUGUGGUGAACAUUCUUCUUGGCACCGUCAACAGUGUGUGUCCAUUUGGGACACUCGGGAAGCUCCACUAUACUCUGGCAGGUCUGCCGUGGUUCAACGACCAACACAUCGUAUUGAACUUGAAUCUCGCUCUCAUCGAUCAUGAAGGCAAGACUGUCCCUUUUAACGGAACUCUGCCAGCCCUCCCUCCAGCUAAGGACCAGGCCUCCCAGAUGCUCCUCUCUGGGGACAUCCUCUCAUCUAUGCUUCGGAUGCUGGUGACAAAAGGAGCAUUCAACUUAGACAUCACUGAACAAACGCUGCCUGGCGGGGCUGUGCCACUGACCACGUCGGCUCUUCAGUCUCUGCUUCCCACGAUUUCCCAGCUGGUGCCAACCCCACUGCCCCUCGUGAUCAGGAUUCGGGUCCUCGAAGUGCCGCUCUUGUCUCUGCGAGAUGGGCAGGCCACCGUGACUCUGACCGCCACGAUCCAAGUGCUGGCUCGCACACCCUCCGGUCUCCAGAACCUCCUUGGGUUAGAAGCUAAAAUCGUCCUGAGCGGCAGAGUCAUCGUUACAGCAACAAAGCUGGGCAUCACCUUGUCCUUGCAGAGUGUCGGGCUCAAAGUAACUUCUCCAGGGAUUGGCUUCUCUGAUAUCGCUGGCCUCACAAACUGGAUAACAGACAUACUUCGCAUUGGAUACUUGCCAUGGAUCAACGGUGCCCUGGAUGUGGGAAUCCCAUUCCCUAAUCUCUUUAAUUUGAACUUUGCUGAUGCUGCUGUCACUACUAUGCAAGACGCACUUGUGGUUGGCUGGACUCCUAAAAAGCUCUAGAGACGACACAUCCAUUAUCCACAAGAAUCUGUUGUUCCC